CACGUGCCGGUCCUAGAGCCUCAUAUACCAGCAAGAGCAAGCAGAAGGAGAGUAAAAGGGAGUUGAAGAGGGAGAAGAAGAAGAAGACGAGUGUUUCUAGCAAGCAGCCGCUGUCUCUCAAUCCAUUCUACCGUUCUGUGUCCACAGUUCUUUUCGCCUUUCUUCAGCCUUCCCUCAGCCUUGACCAGGAACCAGUGCGCUUAUCUCUAUAACCCGGCCAACACCACUUCAUUGCUGGAAAUCUUCUUCUAAAAUUGCUCUCACUUCAAUCGUGGCGGGCACCUUCAAGCUGGAUCACUUACGAAACGCCCUCCGGAGGCGAUACAAGUCUCCUUCGCGCGUACUUGAACCGGUUCAAGACGCGCGAAAAGAUUCAAAAGAGGGAGGAAAGCCGGCUGGCUGGCUAGGCAAAAUGCGUCGCAAUAACUCAAUUUCGAAGCGUUGGUCUUCACCAGUUCCACUCCCGGAUUCACCAUCGAAAGUCCCUGGACAGAGUCCUGUCACCCCGGUGGAUGGAGCGGCUCCUAGCCAGGCAGGCUCCCCGGAGCCCAAGCCUACCCCUGAAAUCCCUCUGAUGCCUGCUUUCUUGCAGCUCAAUAGUAAAGAAAUACACGACAGCUUCAUGGAGCUGGCUCGCCUUGAGAACGAGCGCAUAGCAGAGAAAUUUAAGAACCCAUCCAUGGAUGCCCAAUGGGCACGUCUUGAUCCAGAUCCAACUCGCGAUCGUUACGUUAACGUCCAUCCAUGGGCUAACAAUCGUGUCCACCUCAAAGUCCCAAAAGGAUAUAACGACUACAUUAACGCCUCUCCAAUUACUCUGGUACCCACCUCUGGCGUACAAGGUCAGGCCAGAACUGGGAGCCAGCAUAAAUAUAUCUGCAUGCAAGGGCCGAAACGGGAGACUGUCGACCAUGUCUGGCAUAUGGUAUGGCAUGAGCUUGCCACGCCAGCCGUGAUUAUCAUGCUGAGCCCGACCCAUGGACCACACCCUAAUGUUCUCGGAGCCGUAUCCGAGAAAUGCUUCCCUUAUUUUCCUGCCGAUGAGGACUCCUCUCCCAUAGUUAUCAACGAAGCUUCUCAACUCGGAGAUAAUUUCAAAGGCACAAUUCGCUUUGACUCUAGAGAACCAACACCCCCAGGCACCGAUAUUGAGAUUCGAAAGCUCAUUAUGAAUGUUGAGGGUGAAGACAAGGAGAAGCCUAUCUGGCAUUUUUUGUAUCCAUCGUGGCCUGAUUUCGGUGCUUUGGAGGCGAAAAACGUGGAUAGUAUCAUUUCAUUGAUGUCUAUGUCCCGGGAGAAGAACAGCAACGCGGAGAACCCGCGGAUAGUCCACUGCAGUGCGGGAGUUGGGCGAACGGGUACAUUCGUGGCAUUGGAGUUCUUAAUUGCAGAAUUGCAGGGUGGCGCUUGGGAGCGGUGGGACAAGUCCGAUUCCAGCGAUAAAGACCCCGUCUUCGACACGGUGAACCAAUUACGCACACAGAGGCGGACAAUGGUACAGUCCUAUGAGCAGUACGUAUUUAUCUACGAGGUAUUGAGAAAGGUGUGGGAGGAGAAGUAUGGCACUCGACAGGUUGAAGGAGGUGAUCAUCAGCGCCCCAGAACCGCGGGGAACAUAGGUAGUUCUACCUCACGCCCUCCCACUCCGGGCAUACCAGAGAUAAAACUUGCCGUACCCAGAAAUAGUCGGGGUUCAGGGAAGAGCACUGGUGGUGGUUGAAGCGCAGGUGAAAGAUGGACGACCUUGUUGUUUAUAAUAGGCAUGGCAUGGUGUGGCGCAUGGCGAAAUGAACCAAAAGAACUGGUCCUUUUAUCUCUCUAUAUGCCCUGUUCGAUUAUGGGUUUUAUGUGUAAGAUCUGGCUGGGAGGCAUGUACAAAGAUAUAUCAUAUCUUCAGCGCUGAGUUACGAGGCGGGUGAAUGAAUCAACGUACAUAGAUAUGGAAUGUAAUACUUCUUUCGUCC